ACAUGAUGAAUUGACCAUCUGGAACUGGAAGAGUAUUACAGAUCAUCGUAUUGAUCUGUUAUGCCAUUUCUCUGAAACUGACGAUGUGGGUGAUGUUGAGUUAGUUUUGGAUCGAGGACCUAGUGAAGAAUUUAGUAUGACAUCUAUCUAA